CAAAAAACGUGUUUCUCGAUUUUUCACAAGAAUAAGUCUCCGUCGACCUUGGAAUAAAAAGAAAGUUCACAAAACGCUUUCCUUUUUCAUUCAAAAUUCAAGUCCACAAAAAUGUCACAGUUCCAAAUUGUUUCACGUUGUGACGAUUGCAAAAAGCUAUGCAGAUCAAGACCUGAAAAUAUAACAAGAACCCAAUCUCGAUGUGUUUUAGUGCAAGCAAGUGAAAUUAGCCGUGAAGCAUCAACAGAUGAAAUGGAUGAGAAACUUAAUGUUUGGGCAGCAUUAUCACCACCUAUAAUAAGUUCCUACGAAGACUUUAAUAGUAUUGAUUUAAUUGCUCUCGAAAAAGCAACUGCUUUAAGGAACGGCAAAAUUGUUUUGGAUAAAAAGCUCAACGUUGAGAGCUUUUACGAGAAAAUGGAUGAACAUGAAACAUUGAGUAUUGAUGAUGAUCCAAUCAACAUUCAGGAUGUUGCUGAUGACGAUGAUGAUGAUGUGUCCUCGUGAUGAGCAGCAACAAUGUGCAAAACAUUUUAAAUUCACGUCUCUAAACAUUGCAGACAGCUUUAUGAAUUUUUUAUUAAGAUAUAAUUCCUGAAUGGGAUGAAAGUUGAUGGAAAUAAAAUUGGAAGGGACAAUUUUGAUUUGUUGAGAAA